AUGGCGUCGGCCAAUCUCGAUAACGCAGAGGCCCAAUGGCGGGCUCAGUUCGAGGCCAUGAAGACCGCCUUGGCGGGCCUGAAGCUCCCUUCAGAACCGCCCUCUGAUGUGGACUUCGACGACGAUUAUGAGGGAUACUCCUCCGGGAGCGGCGCGCAGGACGUCUGGGACUUUAUCUCAGAUGACGAAGACGACGACUACAGUAGUGACCAGCUCGACGCUCACGGUGCUACUAAUGGAGACGCGCCCUACGGCGCCGCGUGGUUCGCUGGCAAGUGCUCAGCUGUAGCUGCGAAGAACGGUCUGGCCGACGAUGUGUUCCAGAACCAAAUAUUGAGCGUCUUGACCUCUGGCCAGGGUGAUGAGGAGCUCCAGUCUCAGCUCGCCGAUCUCAUCGGUUUCGACGAUUUUGAGUUCAUCAUCGAGCUGCUUGGUCAUCGCAACGACAUUGUAACGGCUGUCACGUCUCAGGGGUCCCAGGAAUCCAAGGGGAGGCUUCUUAGCAAGGCACAACGUGAAGAGGCAUUGCGACGACAGGACCACGAACACAAGAGUGCGUCUCUCGCGCCCGCCAUGACCCGAGAGGUCCAAUAUCCCCAUGUGUACAAAGCAUACAACGCCGGGAAUUCUCUUAGCCACUCUGGAAAGAAGUAUGCCCUCCCGACCGGCAGCGAGAGGCUUCAGUUCGAGAAGUACGAGGAGUAUGCCAUUCCAGCAGGAAAGAAGGGCGUCUUGGGCCCAGGUCAGAGGCUGGUCAAGAUCUCAGAGAUGGAUGGUCUUUGUCGCGGCACAUUCAAGGGCUACAAGACCCUCAAUCGCAUGCAAAGUCUGGUGCACCCAGUGGCAUACAGAACGAACGAGAACAUGCUCAUUUGUGCUCCUACUGGUGCUGGUAAAACGGAUGCCGCCAUGCUUACAAUCCUGCAAACCAUUGGCCACUACUGCACCCCCAAUCCUAUCGAAGACCCGACUGUCGCGGAUUUCGCUGUCGAAACGCAGGAUUUCAAAAUCGUCUAUGUUGCUCCGAUGAAAGCUCUGGCGGCUGAAAUCACCGAAAAGCUCGGCAAGCGCCUGGCAUGGCUCGGUAUCAAGUGCCGAGAGUUCACUGGAGAUAUGCACCUCACCAAGGCUGAGAUCGUCCAAACCCAGAUCAUCGUCACCACCCCUGAGAAAUGGGAUGUUGUCACAAGAAAGGGAACCGGCGACACCGAGUUGGUGCAGAAGGUCCGUCUACUCAUCAUCGACGAGGUUCACAUGCUUCACGAUGAGCGUGGUGCUGUCCUGGAAUCGCUCGUCGCCAGAACCGAACGUCAAGUUGAGAGCACCCAAUCGUUGAUUCGUAUCGUCGGUCUCAGUGCCACGCUUCCGAAUUACGUGGAUGUUGCCGACUUCCUCAAAGUAAAUCGACACGCCGGCAUGUUCUACUUUGACGCCUCUUUCCGUCCCGUCCCGCUAGAGCAGCACUUCAUCGGUGUCAAGGGCAAAGCUGGGUCGAAGCAGUCCAAGGAAAACCUGGAUCAAGUGGCUUUCGAAAAAGUCAGGGACAUGCUCCAAAGAGGUCACCAAAUCAUGGUCUUUGUCCACUCGAGAAGAGAUACUCUUCUCACCGCCAAGAUGCUCCACGAAAAGGCCAUUGAGGACUUCUGUGUGGAUUUGCUUGAUCCCACUGGCCACCCCAACUACGAGAACGCGGUCCGAGAUAUGAAACAAUCCAAGGCGCGUGAUCUGCGGGAACUGAUCCCCAAAGGUUUGGGAGUUCACCAUGCCGGUAUGGCACGCUCCGACAGAAACCUCAUGGAAAGGUUGUUUGGUGAAGGCGUCAUCAAAGUUCUCUGCUGUACGGCAACUCUUGCUUGGGGUGUGAACUUGCCCGCAGCCGCUGUCGUGAUCAAGGGAACCCAAGUGUAUAGUGCACAGGAGGGUAAAUUCGUUGAUCUCGGUAUUCUCGACGUCCUGCAAAUUUUCGGUCGUGCUGGUCGUCCCCAGUUCGAGGACACUGGUAUUGGUAUGAUUUGCACCACGCAGGACAGACUCCAUCACUACCUGACGACUGUCACGGAGCAGCAGCCCAUUGAGUCCAAGUUCUCCACGAAACUAGUCGACAACUUAAACGCUGAGAUCGCCCUGGGAACAGUCACGUCGAUUCCCGAGGCUGUCCAGUGGAUUGGAUACUCGUACCUUUUUGUCCGCAUGCAGAGGAGCCCCAUGAGCUACGGCAUUGAGUGGGCUGAGAUCAGAGACGACCCUACGCUCGUCCAGAGACGGCGCCAGUUGGCCAUCCAGGCAGCCCGCACUUUACAGCAGAGCCAGAUGAUCAUCUUCAACGAGGUGACUGAGGAGCUUCGCAGCAAGGACAUUGGCCGCAUUGCCAGCCAGUACUACAUCUUGCACACCAGUAUCCAGAUCUUCAACACCAUGAUGCGCCCUAUGGCCACCGAAGCUGACAUUCUCAAGAUGAUCAGCAUGAGUGGAGAGUUUGAUAAUAUCCAGUCCAGAGACUCUGAGGAGAAGGAGCUCUCCCGUCUGAGACACGAUGUUGUGCCUUGUGACGUUGACGGCGGCAUCGACACGCCCCAGGCAAAGACGAACAUUCUGCUGCAGGCAUACAUCUCGAGGGCUCAACCGGAAGACUUCGCUCUUGGAAACGAUCUGAACUAUGUUGCUCAGCAGGCUGGCCGUAUCUGCAGAGCUCUGUUCAUGAUCGCCUUGAAUAGGAGAUGGGGCCACCAGUGCUUGGUUCUGCUUACCCUUGCCAAGUCUAUUGAGAAGCGCAUCUGGCCGUUCCAGCAUCCCUUGCACCAGUUCGAUUUCCCCAAAUCCGUCUUCAAUCAGCUUGACGCCAAGGACAACAUGUCAAUCGAAGCAAUGAGAGACAUGGAUGCUGCGGAAAUUGGCGCUCUCGUUCACAACCAGAGUGCUGGCAAGAAGAUUGCCCACAUUCUUAACAACUUUCCGACGGUCAGUGUCGAGGCCGAGAUCGCUCCUCUCAACCGCGAUGUUCUUCGUAUCAAGCUAUUCAUCGAGCCCGACUUCAGGUGGAACGACCACACUCAUGGAACCUCCGAAUCGUAUUACAUCUGGGUUGAAAACUCUGAGACUUCGGAGAUUUACCAUCACGAGUUCUUUAUUCUCAACAGGAGAAAACUUUACGAUGAUCACGAGCUCAAUUUCACCAUCCCGCUUUCGGAUCCCUUGCCGACUCAGAUCUAUGUGCGGGCGGUCUCUGACCGAUGGCUCGGUGCCGAGACGGUGGCGCCUGUCUCCUUCCAGCAUCUCAUCCGCCCCGACACGGAGAGUGUGUACACUGACCUCCUGAACUUGCAACCGCUGCCCAUCAGCGCGCUCAAGAAUCCGGCCCUCGAGGAGAUCUACGCGAAGCGUUUCCAGUUCUUCAACCCCAUGCAGACGCAAAUCUUCCACACUCUAUACCACACCCCUGCCAACGUCCUCCUCGGUUCCCCCACGGGUAGUGGCAAGACCGUCGCGGCAGAGCUGGCCAUGUGGUGGGCUUUCAGGGAGAGGCCAGGAUCCAAAGUGGUCUACAUCGCGCCCAUGAAAGCCCUUGUACGUGAGCGUGUAAAGGAUUGGGGAGCUAGGCUUGCUCGGCCUCUAGGAUUGAAGCUGGUCGAACUGACAGGUGACAACACUCCCGACACUCGCACGAUUAAAGAUGCCGAUAUCAUCAUUACGACGCCUGAAAAAUGGGACGGUAUCUCUCGUAGCUGGCAGACGAGAGGCUACGUACGUCAAGUGAGCCUCGUCAUCAUUGAUGAGAUCCACUUGCUGGCUGGUGAUCGUGGUCCGAUUCUGGAAAUCAUCGUUUCUCGCAUGAACUACAUCGCGGCAUCCAUCAAGAACUCUGUGCGCUUGCUCGGCAUGUCGACGGCGUGCGCCAAUGCCACGGAUCUGGGCAACUGGCUCGGCGUCAAGGAGGGACUGUUCAACUUCAGACACUCCGUCCGCCCCGUCCCCUUGGAGCUCUACAUUGACGGUUUCCCUGAAACCAGGGGCUUCUGCCCGUUGAUGCAGUCCAUGAACCGCCCAACCUUUCUGGCAAUUAAGACACACAGCCCCGACAAGCCCGUCAUUGUUUUUGUACCCUCUCGCAGACAGACACGCUUGACUGCGAAGGACCUGAUCAACUACUGCGGCAUGGAAGACAACCCCCGCCGCUUCCUGCACAUGGACGAAGACGACCUGCAGCUCAACCUUGCCAGAGUCAAGGAUGACGCUCUCAAGGAGGCCAUCAGUUUUGGCAUCGGGCUCCACCACGCCGGUCUCGUCGAAUCGGACCGCCAGCUGGCCGAGGAACUCUUCCUCAACAACAAGAUUCAGAUCCUGGUCGCUACCAGUACCCUUGCCUGGGGUGUCAACUUACCCGCCCACCUCGUCGUCGUCAAGGGCACGCAGUUCUACGACGCCAAGAUCGAGGGCUACAAGGACAUGGACCUGACUGACGUCCUCCAGAUGUUAGGACGAGCUGGCCGUCCGCAGUUCGACAACUCGGGUGUGGCCCGCAUCUUCACCAAGGACGCCAAGAAGGACUUUUACAAGCACUUCCUCCACACCGGCUUCCCCGUCGAGUCGUCCCUGCACACGGUGCUCGACAACCAUUUGUGCGCCGAAGUCUCGGCCGAAACCAUUGUGACGAAGCAGGACGCCCUGGACUACCUGACGUGGACCUUCUUCUUCCGCCGCCUGCACAAGAACCCGUCGUACUACGGCCUCCAGGUCUCGGCCGAGGAACAUAACAGCAUCGCCGCGCAGACGCUCGCCAACGACUACAUGAUUGACAUGAUUGACAAGUCCCUCGAUGAGCUCGCGCAGUCCAGCUGCGUCGAGGUGUUCCCCAACGGCGACGUCGACCCCACCCCGAUGGGCAAGAUCAUGAGUUACUACUACCUCUCCCACAUCACCGUCCGCCACCUCGUCAAGCACGUCAAGGCCCACGCCUCAUUCCUCGACGUGCUCUCGUGGAUGUCCCGCGCCACCGAGUACGACGAGCUCCCCGUCCGCCACAACGAGGAUCUUAUCAACGAAGAGCUCUCGCGCAACCUCCUCUUCCCGGGUAGCUCCUUCGGCCUGCCCAUGUGGGACCCCCAUGUGAAGGCCUUCCUCCUGCUGCAGGCACACAUGUCGCGCAUCUCUCUCCCCAUCACCGAUUACGUCGGUGACCAGACCAGCGUCCUCGAUCAGGCCAUCCGUAUCAUCCAGGCCUCGAUCGACGUCACCACCGAGCUGGGCCACCUGACCACCUGCCUCGAGUUCGUCAAGCUUCUGCAGUGUAUCAAGUCCGCCCGCUGGCCCACCGACCACCCGGCCUCCAUCCUCCCAGGCGUCGGCGUGGACACCCUCAAGUCGGACAAGUCCAACCUCACACUCGCCAAGAUCGCCGCCCUGGCCUCCCCAGGCAAGGUCUCCAACCUGGCGAAGCAGCUCUCCGUGCCGGCCCACCAGCAGCCCCGCUUCGCAAAGGCCGUCGCCCAGCUCCCCAACCUUGCCGUCUCCGUCCCGGAGGCCACGGCGCUGUCCGUCUCGGUCGACCUUCGCCGGCUGAACCCGCUAACGGAGCGCGACGCCCACGUCUACGCGCCCCGCUUCCCGAAGCCUCAGAACGAAGGCUGGUUCGUCGUCCUCGCCGACCCGGCCCACGACGAGGUUAUCGCCGUCAAGCGCGCCGGCUGGUCCCAGGGGCCCGGAAGGAGCGUCGCCGUCGGGUCCAAGCCUUCGGCCCGCGCCAGCCUCAAGGUCCCCGAGGCCGCGCAGGGCAGGAAGCUCGAGGUCAUCGUCGUCAGCGACGCGUAUAUCGGGCUCGAGUACCGCGUCGGCGUCGACGUCCCCGCGGCGCCCGUCGUGGACGACGACGUGGACAAGUCCAAGAAGGCGCAGGUGCAGGCGCAGCAGCAGGGUGGCGGCGCGUCCCGGGCGUGA